CACCGGUAGAAUGUGAAUCUCCCAAGAUGCACUUGUCAAGGGGGGUGUAGGAAGCCAUUUUGUUAUGUUUGCUAUGUGGCUAGCGCCACAUCUCCAGCGGUAGCAUAAUGAUGGAUAAUUUGAGAUUGAAUAUAGCUUUUAAUUUGUUUCACACAUGGAAGUCUGAAAUAUAUAACAUUUAAUAUUUGCCUAAUUUUAAUACGGGCCAGGGAGGGACGCAGUGGAUAUACUAAAUAGUUUGUUUCGCUAACUAAACUAGGCUAGCUAACGCGUUAGCUUACUUCAACGAAAUCUGUUUUUCAGUUUGUUUGGUUCAUCCAAAAGUUUCCCUGAGUUUUAUGGCUUUGGUCUAGGUAUCUACUUUUGUUCAAGUGAGGGAUCGGACUAAGUGGUGCAUCGUAAAUGAAUUAAGAAACAGGGUCAGAGUUGUAUAAUCCAACUUUAGGCUCGUUUGAGAGGACGCGUAGAAGUGCCGCUAACGUUAGCUAACAACUCUUCACAACAACGGCCCUCUGCAUUAAUCUAAUAAUGGCAGAAGACAUACGACAGGACAAGAAAGCCAACUUCUCUGCUCUGACGGAGCACAACAACAACGGAGUGACAAAGAUUUCUGGCCUGGCCUCCAACAAAACUGGCGCCUCCAAGAAAUUAGUCAUUAAAAAUUUCAAAGACAGGCCAAAGCUAGCGGACAACUACACUGAGGACACCUGGCUGAAGCUGAGGGAUGCGGUAGGAGCCAUCCAGAACAGCACCUCCAUCAAGUACAACCUAGAGGAACUCUACCAGGCGGUGGAGAACCUGUGUUCCUAUAAAGUCUCCCCCACACUGUACAAGCAGCUCCGUCAGGUCUGUGAGGACCAUGUCCAGGCCCAGAUACAUCAGUUCAGAGAAGAGUCCCUGGACAGCCUGUCUUUCCUGAAGAGGAUGAACCGAUGUUGGCAGGACCACUGCAGACAGACGAUCAUGAUCCGGAGUAUCUUUCUGUUCCUGGAUCGUACCUACGUGCUCCAGAACUCCCUGCUCCCCUCCAUCUGGGAUACCGGGCUGGAACUCUUCCGGAACCACAUCGUGAGCGACGGGGCUGUCCAGAAGCGCACGGUCGACGGGAUCCUGGAACAGAUCGAACGCGAACGCAACGGAGAGACGGUGGACCGCAGCCUUCUCCGCAGCCUACUGGGCAUGCUCUCAGACCUGCAGGUGUAUAAAGAGUCGUUUGAGGAGCGUUUUUUGAUGGAGACUGACAGACUGUACGCUGCAGAGGGACAGAGGCUGAUGCAGGAACGAGACGUGCCGGAGUACCUGCAUCAUGUGGCUCGUCGGUUGGAAGAAGAGAACGAUCGUGUCAUCAGCUACCUCGACCAGAGCACUCAGAAGCCACUUAUCUCUAAUGUAGAGAAGCAGCUGCUUGGAGAACACAUGACGGCCAUCUUACAGAAAGGUCUCAGUAUUCUGUUAGACGGUAACCGGGUGAUGGAGCUGGCUCUGCUCUACCAGCUCUUCAGUAAGGUGAAGGGAGGACUCCCCACUCUGCUGCAGCACUGGAGAGACUACAUCAAGAGUUUUGGUGGUGAGAUUGUGGGCACCCCAGAGAAGGAUAAGGACAUGGUUCAAGACCUGUUGGACUUUAAGGAUAAGAUGGACAACGUGGCCCAGGGCUGUUUCAACAGAAACGAGAGCUUCAUCAACGCCAUGAAGGAGGCCUUUGAAGCUUUCAUCAACAACAGACCCAACAAACCUGCUGAACUCAUCGCGAAGUACGUGGACUGUAAAUUGAGGGCGGGCAACAAGGAAGCUACCGAGGAGGAGAUGGAGAGAAUUCUCGACAAGAUCAUGAUCAUCUUCCGCUUCAUCCACGGGAAGGAUGUGUUCGAGGCCUUUUAUAAGAAGGACCUGGCCAAACGCCUGCUGGUGGGGAAGAGUGCCUCCGUGGACGCUGAGAAGUCCAUGCUGUCCAAACUCAAACACGAGUGUGGAGCGGCCUUCACCAGUAAGCUGGAGGGGAUGUUUAAGGACAUGGAGCUCUCCAAAGACGUUAUGAUCCAGUUCAAGCAGUACACCCAGAACCAGAGUGAGCCCAGUCAGCUGGAGCUGACGGUCAACAUCCUCACCAUGGGCUACUGGCCCUCCUACACUCCUAUGGAGGUCCACCUGCCCCCUGAGAUGGUGAAGCUCCAGGAGGUAUUCAAGCUGUUCUAUCUGGGGAAACACAGUGGCAGGAAGCUCCAGUGGCAGCCCACCCUGGGCCACGCUGUUCUGAAGACUGAGUUUAAAGAGGGUAAGAAGGAGCUGCAGGUGUCUCUGUUCCAGACGUUGGUGCUAUUGAUGUUCAACGAGGGGGAGGAGUUCAGUGUGGAGGAGAUCAAAUCAGCCACUGGCAUAGAGGAGGGUGAGUUGAGGCGUACCCUGCAGUCUCUGGCCUGCGGGAAGGCGCGCGUCCUCAAUAAGAGUCCCCGGGGGAAGGACAUAGAAGACGGAGACCGCUUCAACUUCAACAACGACUUCAGACACAAACUGUUCCGCAUCAAGAUCAACCAGAUUCAGAUGAAGGAAACGGUAGAGGAGCAGGUGAGCACCACAGAGCGUGUGUUUCAGGACAGACAGUACCAGAUCGACGCGGCCGUUGUCCGCAUCAUGAAGAUGAGGAAAACCCUGGGCCACAACCUGUUGGUGUCAGAACUAUACAAUCAGCUCAAGUUCCCCGUCAAGCCUGGAGACCUGAAGAAGCGGAUUGAGUCGCUGAUUGACAGAGACUACAUGGAGAGAGACAAGGAGAGUCCCAACCAGUACCACUAUGUGGCCUGAGGGGGGCGCCACCUCCAUCCUCCACCCCUCCGGUGCCCUGCCAGUGGGCUCAGCGAGUCAGCAUCAGCUGGCCCUGAUAUAGCCCCAUCUCUCCUUGAACUGCCCCACCCCCUCACCGCCCCUCCCCCCCCUGCUUCUGGGGCCAGUCUGGAGGCCAGAGCCCAACCUGGUCCAACACCAGCCCAGCCAACACCACCCUCAUUGGGGGACUCGGAGCAGACUGGGUCCUGGGGCUGGAGGAGUCUGUCUGGUGGGUGGAAGGCCGGCCGGCACACAUCAUCCGCUGACGACGCUAACAACGAGAACAACGUAGCACUUUCUCAAAUGUGUUGUUUUGGGAGGGGGUGGGGGGGGUCUGUCCACAUCUAUCUGUCUCAGUCUCAGUUCCACUGUAGUUUAGCUCCUGUUGAUUAUUCAGGUUUUUUCUGUGAGGUAACAUAACAUGUACCGGCCUGGGGUAGCACUGUGGCAGUGUUGUCAGACAGGGUACAGGAACAGGUUGGGGGGGGGGGGGGGGUUCACAUGGAUACCGAUUACAAGGAGUGACGAGGGGAGGGAUGCUUUUGGGUCGGGGGACACUCUCUCCUGUAUUUUGACCAACACUUUCCACGCUCUGAAUUUUGUAGACCAGAUUGUAUUCUUUGUAAGAGAGAGAAAGGAAACAUGAAUAAAUUGAUAUUUAAUGAAGAGUUAA